AUGCGUCUGCUGUAUCUUUCCCCGGCUCUUCUGGGGUCAGUCAGUGCAUUGAGCCUCUCUCUGGCACCCUCCGGUGGCAAUCAAUCAAGCCAGCUCCUCUAUGGCCUGCUCUAUGAAGACAUCUACCAUUCAGGUGAUGGUGGCCUGUAUGGCGAAAUGAUACGCAAUCGAGCUUUCCAGGGCUCCGCCGUUGCCCGGCGUGUUAGCCUUGACCCAACCACUGACUUCUGGCACCCCGUUGGAAAUGUCGAAUUGUCCAUUGCCGACACCACACCUCUCUCGUCCAGCCUCCCUCAUCACCUUCAAAUCAAGGUGCCUGCGGGUGCCAAAGGCCCUGUUGGCUUCUACAACGACGGCUUCUGGGGCUUCAAUGUGGACGCCGCCAAACGGUAUAUUGCCAGCCUGUACAUCCGGGCCGACUACACUGGGAAGAUCGACACCUCCUUCCGCAACACCAUCUCUGGCCAGACUCUGUCCUCAUCUGCCAUCAAGGUGAACCAGAAGAGUUCCGAUGGCUGGGUUCAAGUGUGGACGCCCACCUUUAUGCCGGACAAGUCUCCUGGCAACCCAAACAACACCUUUUACUUCACGUUUGACGGAGAGAAGCUAGCCGGAAAGACGAUUGAUGUGAACCUCAUAAGCCUCUUUAAGCAGACGUUCCUAGAUCGGUCAAACGGUCUGCGCCAAGAUCUGGCUGAAUCCGUCGAGGAACUGGGCCAUAGCUGGAUUCGAUUGCCCGGAGGCAAUAACAUGCAAGGUCUUCGACGCCCUCUGCACUGGACGUGGAACCAGACUAUCGGAGCCCUGAAGGACCGUUCCGGUCAAAUUGGAGUAUGGGGUGACAUCAACACCAACGGGUUUGGCCUCUUGGAGCAGAUGCAGAUGGCUCGGGACCUCAACCUGACGGUAGUGCUGGGCGUCCAUGCUGGGCUUUAUCUGAACGGCGAUGUUGUUGCUCCGUCCGACAUGCAGCCGUACGUUGACAUGGCGCUUAAUGAGCUCGAGUUUUUGAAUGCAAGUCAUAGCCCUACUCCAUACGGUGCUUUGCGCUCGUCGUUGGGCUAUCCCAAGCCGUUCAACGUGCAAUGGGUCGAGAUUGGCAACGAAGACUAUCUCAACGGCGGAACCAAAUCCUACUACGACUACCGUUUCAACACGCUCUACAAAGCCCUCAAGCAAAAGUACCCUGACAUGCACUUUGUGGCUACCAUUAACCCGUCGCCAUCUCCCGACAAGGGCAAAGGUGGAAUGAUCGAUUUGCACAUCUACGACAGCCAAGACCAUUUUGCCAGCCUCUACAACACGUUCGACCAAGCGAGCAGGGACUUCCCCGUCUUUGUUGCAGAGUACGCCGCGAUCCGGGCUUUGGGCAACGGCGGCCCAGAGAUCGGCGCGCAGACCUUUGGCAUGUCGUGCGCCGAAGCGAUUUUCCUUCUGGGCAUCGAGAGGAACUCGGACAUCAUUCUUGGGUCGGCCUACGGUGCUUUGAUAAAGCAGUACGACGAGGAGCCCAACACCGUGGCCGUCAUCAAGCACACGGCCAACGACAUCCUGAGGUCGAUGACCUACCACGUCCAGAAGCUGUUCGCCCACAACAUGGGAACCGAGACACUCCCAGUCAAAGCUUCUGACGGGGGUAUUGGACCGGUGUACUGGUCUGCCACAAAGAGAAGCGAUGCCACGAUUCUGAAGUUGGUGAAUUAUAAUGGACAGACUGGCAGCCAAAAUGCCGUGCAGGUUGUCAUUGAGGACUCGGAUGCCACGCAGGCAACACUGACCGUCUUGUCUGCCGAGAGCGAUCAGAGUGUCAACAAUCUCCGCGCACUGGGAGGGGAGGCAAGCAAGCUCGCGACAACGACAGUCAAAGGGAACAAGGGCAAGUUUUCUGUGGUUUUCGACAAACCCUAUGAGAUUGCUAUCUUGGAAGUUAGCAAUAGAGCUUGA